UUUUUUUACAAAUAUUUAUUAAAAUUUUCUAUUAUAAACUUAUGUGAGUGAUAUAAAAACAUGGUGAAAUAUUUUAUUGUUUAUUUAUUAUUAACAAUUAUGUUAUCUUCAUUAACGUUUCAACAACAAUCAGUAUUUCCAACAUUAGUUUCAUAUCCAUGCUACACGGAUGAAGAUUGCAUUAAUGAAUUCUCACAAAAUGCUACAUGCCAGAAUGAUAAUUGUGUAUGUGGUAGUGAGAGCACAAUCUGUAUUAGAUAUGUGCGUAAUAUAAUUGGUGAAUCAUGUGAUUUUAACGUAAAUUGUGAUAUUAUUAAUUCACAUUGUCAAAAUAAUAGAUGCGAAUGUAAUGAUGGUCAUAUUGUGUCUGGCCAAAAGAGGAAUUGUCUAAAAGUUGCUCAAAGUUUAAAUGAAUCAUGCGAAAUUAAUGCUCAAUGUGUAGAAAUACCUUUAAGUGUAUGCUCAAGUAAAAAUGCAUGUGUGUGUAAAAUAUUUCAUUACGAAAAAGAUGGUAAAUGCUAUCGAAAAGCAGGUUUAAAUAAAUUUUGCGAAGAUUCGAACAAUUGUUUACAUAUUCCAAAUACGAAAUGUGAUAAUAAUAGAUGUGUCUGUGACACGGGAUACGUUGAUAAUGAAUUACAAACAGAAUGCUUAAAAAUGAUUUCGCGUACAUCAGAAACUUGUGAACAUCGUAAUCAAUGUCGUAAACUUAUGGGAGUACAUGCAAUCUGUUCUAAUUCAACUUGUGUAUGUGAUGACAUGUCACAUUAUGAUGAAAUCAGUAUGAAAUGUGAAAAAAAUAUCGGUCUUGGAGGUCCAUGUAACCGUGAUAUAGAUUGUUAUCAAGAAGAAGCUGGGGAAUUAGAAUGUAUUUUAAAUGUAUGCAAAUGCAUCAGCCCAUUUAUUGAACAUAGAAAUCAAUGCAUUAUAGCUUCUCAUGCUGUUACAACUGUUAUCACUGGUUCAUUAUUGUUUAGUUUGUUAUUGAUCAUAUUUUUUUUUUAAGUAUUAAAUUAAGUAUUACAUUAUCGAUACGU